CAGCCAACAAGUUCAACUUCCCAGCAAGAUGAUUCUUCAAUAUUGGAUUCUGUCACUUGCAGUUCUAAUAGCUUCAGCCAACGACAUCCCAGCUGAGCAGGAUGCCCAAACAGUUCCAAGUUUGAGCCCGGAAGAAUCUUCCGGAGUGGCUCAAGCAAUCGUUAGUGCCGGAUUAGACGGAUUCGUCAUUCUUCAAAUAAGUCACAGCGACAUCGACAUCGAUUCUUGCCGUAUCAUCCGGACCAUGAUCUACCAAGUUGAGUUGCGAGCUACGGGGGAUAUUUACGAGAUCACCAGUGAGCAAAACUCAACCAAACCGCAGAACUGCUGGAACAAGAGCAAGUUUGUCAACAUUGUUGCCAGAGGUAACAUCACUCGAGUUCUGCAGUUGAAAAAGUUGAACGGUGGUGGUGAAUUGCAGCAGGUUGAGGUCCCCGUUGAUCAAUUUCUGAAUGAUAGGUCUGGAAUAACGCAGGAGCACUUCUGGCUUGUCGGGACAAAGUAUUCCUAUCGGUUUGGUGAAGAAGAUGACCUUGAUAAUGACAUCGAACUGAUUGAGUUUCAUAUCAGAAUGAUGGACUCUAACGAGGAGUUCCUGGUUAGUACGGAAGCAGCGGUAGGAUUCCAUGGAGCAUAUCCAGUGGAACCGAAAAAGACUCCGUAUCCCCCAAAAGUGCUCCUUUCACUGCUUGGCGGUGGCAGUAUCGCCAAAAUGAAGCGACUCAAUUAAAACCCUGUCAAAACAUGAUAGAAUAAAGAUCAUGCUGGGCAUCGAACGGCGCU